UAAAAAUACAUGAUCUCAGAAAUUAAUAAUUCAGAAACUGAUGUCUAUAUGUUAACUACAGGUGAAGAAUUUCAAAAUUAUGAAUGUCGAAUAUAAGAUAACAAGCUAAAUUUUGAUUUAAAAACAAAAUCAAUUCAAAAGAAAAAAAAAGCGAAGCCAUUCACGAAAGAAGAAGAUCAAUUACUACUUUUGCAAGUAGUGAGGAUAGGAAAGAGAUUUGAAGCUAUUGCAAGGAAUUUUCCUAAAAGAUCUAAACAUGAACUUAAAAAUAGAUACUACACUUUCUUAAGAGAUAGAGAAAACGAGAUUUUUGAUCCAAAGUAUCAUAAUCAUAAUAAUUAGGUGCUUAUACUAUAUUUCACAUCCAAUUCCGAAGAAAAAUAAAGACCAAACAAUCUUGCAUGAAUUAAAUUUAUAAUUGAAAAAUAUUGUUAUGGAAGAGGAAUUUAAGCAAAUUUUGGGAAAAUUUAUUGUUCAAGUUAACAAUUUGUUCUCAUUUACAAAAACUGUUCUAUAAUGAAUUUGAUUUUAAAUAUUUUAUUAUAUUAGAGUCAUGUUUUAUUUAUC